AAUUUUUUAAUAUUAUUAAGGAAUUUCUUAUUUAUAUUAUAUUUUUCUUAAUAAAACACAAAGAAUCAUAUAUUUUUAUUUAAAUAAAGUGAAUUAUUAAAAAGAUUUUAAAUAAGUCUUAGGAAUAUAUAGAUUAUUAAAGAAAAAACUAGAAAUAAGUGUUUUGUUGUCAUAAUUUUCAGAAUAAUGGAUGAAGAUGAAGAACAAGUUAUUGCUGAUACAUUAGAAGCAUUUAAAAGAUAUGGAGAAAUUAUGGAAUUGAAAAUUAAUAUACGCCGGAAUGUAUUUAGAUCACUGAAAAAAGAAGAUCAAAUGCAGUUGGUUGAAUUUGAAGAACAUUUAAAUAAAAUAGAAGAAGCGGUUAAGAUUAAUUGUAAACUGGCAAAUGAUAUAGAAAAAAUCGGAAGAAGUCAAUUUCUUUCAGGAAAAAAAUAUAAAGAAUCUCGGUCGUUAAAAAUGGGUUAUAUGGAUAAAGUAUUAACAACGAUAAAACAAUUUUGGCGUGAUUGGAGUAAAGAUGGAAUGGCUGAAAGGGAUAAAUCAUAUAAACCUAUUAUUGAUGAAAUAGAAUUAAAAUUUAUGGAUAUUCCUAUUAAUGAUAGGAAAAAAAUAAAUAUUUUAGUUCCAGGUGCUGGUUUAGGUAGACUUCCUUUUGAUAUAGCAUUGAAAGGAUUUUCGGUUCAAGGAAAUGAAUUUUCUUACUUUAUGCUUAUUUCGUCUUUUUUUCUUUUUAAUUAUUUAGAAUCCAGCAAUAAAUAUUUCUUAUUUCCUUUUAUUCAUACUUUUUCAAAUCACCGGACAAAUGAAGAUUUACUUUAUAAGUGUACUAUUCCCGACAUCAAUCCUAGAUCUGUUAUUUUUUCUGGUUCAAAUUUUUCUACAUCAAUUGGUGAAUUUACUGAAGUUUAUUCUCAAAGAAGUAUGGAGUCAUUUUUUGAUGUAAUUGCCACAUGUUUUUUUAUUGAUACUGCACCAAAUAUUAUUUCUUAUAUUAAAACUAUUUGGCAUUCAUUAAAACCUGGAGGAUUUUGGAUAAAUUUAGGACCUCUUCUUUGGCAUUAUGAGAAAGAUGCAUGUGAAAAAGAAUCAUCUGAAGAUAAUAUUCCAGCUUGUAGUAUUGAGCUAACUCUUGAAACACUUAUUCAAUUAAUAAAAAAUUCCGGAUUUGAAAUAGAUAAAAGAGAAACAAUUAAUACUACAUAUGUUGGGAAUCCAUGUUCUAUGUUAAAAUAUAUUUAUGAAUCAGAAUUUUGGGUCGCAAAGAAGAAAGAUAUAUAAUUAUUAUAAGUGUAUAAUUGUUAUUAAAUGGAAAAAAUAUUUCUAUAAUUUUAUGAAUUUAAGCUAAAUAAUAUUCAUAAAUUUA